CGCGCCGCUCAGCCCGGGCGGGCUCGGGUGUUAUUUCCUCUGCCGUGCGGUGCCGGGCAGGGAUGGGGCAGUAGUGGCCAUGGAGCGGGCCGAGGGCCGGCCCGGCGCCCCCCAGUACGUGCAUGUGCAGCUGCAGGGGGGCGCGCCCUGGGGCUUCACCCUGCGCGGCGGGCUGGAGCACGGCGAGCCCCUCAUCGUGUCCAAGGUAGAGGAGGGGGGCAAGGCUGCGUUGUCCCGCAGACUGCAGCCGGGUGAUGAACUGGUGAACAUCAGCGGAACACCACUCUACGGGUCUCGCCAGGAGGCUCUGAUCCUCAUCAAAGGCUCUUACCGCACCCUGAAGAUGAUCGUCCGCAGGGCUCCAGCUCCAGCAGAACCCAGGGGCUGGGGCAGUGCAGGGCACUGCCCACGGGGCUGUACCGGGGCUCAGCAUCAUCCAUGGAGGAGUGUGCCCAUCCUCCGGCCCCACUCCUGGCACGUGGCCAAGCUCGCCGAGAGCCGCCCCGAUGCCUCUGCCAUGCACUGCCCUGCAGAUGCCUUCAGCCUCUCCUGGCCCUCGGGGUGUGAUGUCAGCAGUGAGCUGUCCCUGCAGUGGAACCCGCUGUCCCGGCACUGCAGCACCGACCGGAGCAGCUCCAUCGGGAGCAUGGACAGCCUGGACCAGCCUGGCCAGGCCUACUAUGAAGGGGACCCCUCACCCGUUGACCAGGGCAUGUACCACAGCAAGAGGGACUCGGCCUACAGCUCCUUUUCCGCCAGCUCCAUCGCAUCGGACUGCGCCCUCUCGCUCCGCCCCGAGGAGGCCACUUCUGUUGACUCCAGCCUCCAAGCCCCCUGCAAGGCCCCCGACGGGCGCUACCUGACCACGGGGUCUGAGCCGCCCAGCAGCCGGCACCCAGAGUCCUGGCGGGUGCCUGUACCCCCGCGGCCCCCUGUGAGGAGGGACAGCCUGCGGGCAGACCCAGCUGGUGGAGGCGACCGGCACCGGGCUGCAGUGUCAGCAGACAUGCUGCAUGUCAAGGGCCGGUGGAUCUCCGACACCUUCCUCUGCCAGCGCGAUGGGGAGGCAGAGGCGGCAGGCAGAAGGACACCGGUGCCAUACCCCACAAAGGACCGUCUCUCUGCCGACCAGUAUUACAUGUUGAGCUCCCACCCAGACCAAUGUGCAACGGAGCUGCUCAUGGGGGAGAGUGUGGAGCCUGGUGAUCGGCUGUACCCGGAUGGCAACACGCACCGAGUACCAGAUACUGUGGUAGCAGGUGACAACCCUCUGCUGUCCUCACUCAAAGGCCACAUGCUGCACCGGCACAGUGCUCCCGAGCAGCUCCUGGCCUCCCAGCUCCACUCACUUCAGGUGGGCACUGGCAGCGGGAGAGCCUCGCCGGCCUCUGAGGGGCACCGCUGGACCCUCUCCCCUCUGCACCCCGAGGGCAGCCGGCCAGGGACUACCCAGGACCCGCAGCUCUGCCCAGAGUUGUGCUGCUGCCCCCCGCCGUGCCGCUGCUGCCCGGAGCUGCAGCGAGCCUGCGGGCAGGACGGGCCGGGAGCCAGCCCAGCGCGCAGCACGGAGGGGCCGGGGGAAGAGGAGAGCCGGGAGGGGGGCCGGCGGGCCGGGGGCCUUCCGCGCCGCUCCUCUCAGAUGCGCCGCCGCAGCGACCGCUUCGCCACCAGCCUGCGCAACGAGAUCCAGCGGCGCAAGGCCCAGUUGCAGAAGAGCCGCGGUCCCGGCGCCCCCCCGCCCGCUGAGGAGCCGGUGGAGGAGGCGGAGGAGCCCCCCGAGGGCAGCGUGCCGGCGGAGGAACCCCGCGCAGCGCCUGAGCGACUCAGCCCCGCGCCGAGCGAGGGCGGCAGGAGCCCGGCCCGCUCGGGGGACCGGAGCAUCUCCACCCCUGACCCGGUCCCCAAAGGGCUCCCCUCUCCCGAGCGGCCGGUGCCGACAGGCCGGUGCCUCUGGCGCUGGUCCCCCGAGCGAAAGUUGCCGCUGAGGCGUUCGCCCAGCGCAGGCGAACUGGAGGGCUACGGGCAGGGCCCGGCAGCCCCCGGCUCCCCGCCGCGGGGCGGGGAUGAGGCUGACCUCCUGCCCUUCGCUGACCGCCGCCGGUUCUUCGAGGAGAGCAGCAGGCCGGCGCCCCCCCGGCACGGCAAACCUGCGGCGGGUGAACCCGGUGCCUUCCAGCCUGCCGGGCUCGAGCGCCGCGACCCUCGCCGCCUCUCCGUGGACCAGUCCUACAGCGCUCCCUCGCCCGGCCGCCCUGGCUCUGCCAGCCCCUACGCCGAGUGCUGCCGCGAGCAACCUCCCUGCUACAAGUCGGUGGGGAGGCCGGCGGAGCUGGAGUACGUGCGGGGCUUCUCCUAUCCCUACGGGGUCCCGCUGCACCCUGAGCCCUGCCGCUACUGCGGUGGGGACCCGUGUCCCCGGCCGCUGCCCCGUGGCCACACCUGCCGCUGCCACCCCCAGCCCUGGGCACGCUGCCCCGACUGCUGCUGCCCAGCGCUGCGCCCCGGACGGGAGGAGGGCGAUGCCUGGCCCCGCAGGAGAGCCUUUGCCCCGGAAUUUCCUCUGGAUGAGUGGGAACCACCAGCAAUUACCAGGAAAGCCAGUCAGUCCAUCAGUGAGCUCUCCCGCUACCAACUGGGCUUCCCAAGGCUUGGCCCCUUCCACCCCUGCUUUGAGAGCAGCGCUGAGCCAGAGUGGUUGCCCUGCUACCGGGCCACUUCUACACAUGAUCUGUCAUGGGAUGGUGACCGCCUGACCCGCUCCCCUGAGAGCCCUCCAGACCCCCUGCACCGCCCACUGCGAGGCAGAGCCUUCUCCGAGAGCCACCUCAACCUGGAGCCUGCCAGCCCCCGGAGCCGCAGCCAGAGGGACCUGCUCCAGGCCAAGCCGGACCCUGCCGGCAUUCCCAAAAAGAAGGGUCCCCCACCUCCCCGCCCACCGCCCCCCAACUGGGAGAAGUACAGGCAGCGCCGGACAUCAAAGCGUCUGCCGGAUGGUUCUGGGCACAGUUCUGCCUUCACCGCAGCCCCAGCGCCACCCCACAGCAUCACUGCAGCUGCACGGGAGCGUUCACAGAGCCUCACCGGGGAGCAGGGGGGCCGAUCCCGUGGUCUCGCUGCCCGUCCCCCUGCCCUGCCAAGCGCCUGGUCCCGGCCUGAGCCUCCCGGAUCACUCCAGAGGAUUCCUGGGCCUGAUGCUGAGAUUUGCAGGGUGGCAGAGGCCAGGGAGGAGCGGCUGAAGGCAAAGCACCCCUGGGAGAUGGAGGAGCAGCCCCAAAGGCUCGGCCGGAAUCAGGAGCGGGACUGGGUGAGUUCCCACAGGGUGGGUGAGUGCUCCCUGCCCCUGCAUGAUGGCACCAGCCCUACCGCCCUCGAGGCCCCUAAGCCCAGCCCUGGAGCGGCAGAGGGGGUGGGCUGCCAGGGGAACCAGCCCCAGCCCCGCCGCGUGGACUCGGAGGAGCUGCUGUGGGAUGUGGCAGGCAGGGACCACUCUCUGGCUAGCAUCCCGGCUCCCUCGGCCCCUCCUGGCACAACCACCAUGGUGGUGGGUGAUCUGCUGGUGACGGGGCAGCGGCAGGCCUGGCAGGAGCGUUUUCAGCAGGACUGGCACGUGAAGACCCUGGUGCAGGACAGGCAGGGCUUCGAGCCCAUCUCACCACCCCCUGUGAGCACUGCCAGCUCCACCUGCUACUCGGCGUAUUACGGUGCAGGAGUAAGUAAAGCCGAGCCACUUGGCAAGGUGAAGGAGCUGCCAGAUGUUGUGGAGGGGAGCUCUGAGGAGGAAGAGGAGGCAGACCAUGAGCUGGUGGAAAAGAAGCUGCAGUUGAUUGAGAGCCUGAGUCGCAAGCUGGCAGUGCUGCGGGAGGCACAGCGGGGGCUGCAGGAGGACAUCAGCGCCAAUGGGGCGCUGGGCGAGGACGUGGCUGCGCGCCUGCAGGCUCUCUGCACCCCGGGGGAGUUUGACAAGUACCGCCUCUUUGUGGGCGACCUGGACAAGGUGGUCAACCUCCUGCUGUCCCUCUCAGGGCGCCUGGCCCGGGUGGAGAGUGCCCUAGGCAGCCUGGGGCCGCAUGCGCCUGCUGAGGACAAGGUGGCCUUGCGGGAGAAGCAGCAGCUGCUGGUGGCGCAGCUGGAGGAUGCCAAGGAGCUGAAGGAGCACGUGGGGCGUCGGGAGGAGGUGGUGGGUGCCAUGGUGGCACGGUACCUGCCCGCUGAGCACCUCCAGGACUACCAGCACUUCGUCAAGAUGAAGUCAGCCCUCAUUGCUGAGCAGCGGGAGCUGGAGGAGAAGAUCAAGUUGGGUCAGGAGCAGCUCCGGUGCCUGCGUGAGAGCCUCAACCAGGGCCCCAAGGGCUGCUAGCUCCCUGUCCAGCCUCCACCCCAGGCACUGGCCCCAGCUUGCUGCCAAAGUGGAUCUGGCCCCUCGGGGGCUCUCCCUGCACCUGUCCGUCUGUCCAGCCCCUGUCUUUUAUUUAUUUUUCCAGUUUACAAAGCAGGGGUGCUGGUGCCAGUUCAGGCACUGGCAGGGGGUGUGUGUGUGCCACUGAGCUGCUCUGGGCUCUGUGGCCAUCCGCCACCCUGUGUCACAGCAGGACCAAAUGGACAGAUCCUUCCUCUUCCCCCCCCUUCUGUGUGUUCACAGGGCUCCCUCCACCUUGUCCUGGACACCAGUGCCUGUCCCGUGGCUGGUGCUGCACCACAUGCCUUAAAUGUCCCCCCAGGGUGCCCCUGGGCAUACUCAUGCAGUGCCUGGAAGGGUUAAACCAUUCUCGCUCUUCCUCCAUCACGUCUGUUUGUCCAGCUCUGUCCAUCUGUCCGGUGGGAGAUGGAGGAAUUUUGGCCCCCCCAGCAUCCUUCUUCCUCCCCAUUGUGUCCAAAACAAUGGCCCUGGCCAGCAGGUCCUUAACCCGAUCCCCACCGGCCUGAGGCACUGCGGGUGGCCAAGGCUGGUGCUGGUGGGUGCAGUGCACACCUGACACGGGACAGUGUGGUGGGUGCCCCUGGAAUGGUGUCCUGCCAGGGGAUGGGAUGCCAGGUGCUGCAGGUACCUGCUGCAACCAGUGCUGUGUGUACAGUGACUACCCGGCCUCACCUAGCCCUUGCCUUUAGCCUCUGCCCUACACCAGCAGGAAUUAAUAGAGGAAAAAACACACUAAUGAUGAAGGAGGGGCCUGUCCCCCUACUCUGUGCUGCAGCAACCACAAGGAGCAUUUGGACCUCACCCUGGGUCACCCCCUUCCCUGCUACUGCCUGAAUGUCCCCAUGGGAUGGGCAGGUGCCUUGACGCUCAUUUUGCACAGGGGUUUCACGCGACCAGCAGCAGCUUGGGGCGGGGAGGGGGAAGGAUGCAGGGUGGCCCCGAACACCUUUCGGGGUGGCCGCAACUGGGCAGCCCAGCCCCAGGGUGCAGGCAGUGCCCUGUGCUGCAGCAGUCCUCUAUGUCACCCUCUAUGUCACCCCUGCCCGUCGAACACUGCACCCUGCAUGCAGGUGGGGGGUCCCCAUCGCUGCGCCCACCGCCCCCGUGCCUGCCCAGGGACACUGCUAGGACCAAAGAGCACGCGCUGGGGCUGUGCUGCCGUCGGGGGGACCAGGAGCCCUCCGUAGGUCAGUGCACCGGGGCGGUGCCGCUGUCAGUUCCUUGCUGCGUUCCGCCGUGCCUCAGAGUAAAGGAGCAGCUGCAGCUGCACAACA